AUGGCGAAGGUUUCCUUUUUCAAGAAUUACAGGGUGUACCUGCUGACAUCCGUGGCGUAUAUGGGAAGUUUGCUUUUCGGCUAUGACACGGGCGUUAUGGGCAGUGUGCUCGCCCUCAAGAGCUUCAAACAUGAUUUCGGGCUUCCAACAGAGAGCAAUGGAUUCGCCGAUGCUAAGAACGCCCAUGUCUCAUCUAAUGUCGUCUCCCUACUUACAGCUGGUUGCUUCUUCGGCGCCAUUGCUGCCGCUAUCCUCAAUGAUCGCUAUGGUCGUCGAUAUACCUUGAUGGGAUUCUCCGUCAUUUUCCUAAUCGGAGCGGCAAUUCAAACCGCAGCUACGCACCACAUCGGCCAAAUCUAUGCGGGCCGUGUCAUUGCUGGUCUAGGCGUCGGAGGCAUGUCUUCUGUCACGCCAGUGUUCGUCGCCGAGAACUGCCCUCCUGCUGUGCGAGGACGUAUCACUGGGCUCUUCCAGGAAUUCCUCGUCAUCGGGUCUACGUUUGCGUACUGGCUCAACUAUGGCGUCGCUUUACACGUCCCGACAUCCACCAAGCAAUGGAGAAUCCCCGUAGGGAUCCAACUUAUCCCCGGUGGCUUCCUCCUGAUCGGCCUGUUCUUCCUGAAGGAAUCCCCCCGUUGGCUGAUGAAGCAAGGCCGCUACGAGGAGGCUACAGCUUCUUUGGCAUACAUGCGCCGUGAGGAGACCACUCAUCCUGAAAUCGUGAACGAGAUCGCCGAGAUCCGUGCUGCUAUCGAUGAGGAACUUGCCGAGACUGAAGGUGUGAGAUGGAAGGAAUGCCUGACCCCAGGGAACCGUUACCGGUUUAUCACCGCGUUCAUCAUUAUGAUGUGUCAACAAUUUUCUGGCACUAAUUCUAUCGGUUAUUAUGCCCCACAAAUCUUCCAGACUGUGGGAGUGUCCAAGACAAACUCUUCGCUCUUCGCCACCGGUAUUUAUGGCACCGUCAAGGUCGUUACCACUGGUAUCUUCCUCAUAAUUGGUAUCGAUAAAUUGGGUCGCCGCAAAUCUCUCCUCUUUGGAGCAGCGUGGAUGAUGACGAUGAUGUUCAUCAUCGGCGCUGUCCUCCACAACCAUCCACCAACGAACACCAAUACAGUCUCGCCUGCCUCUAUUGCAAUGGUCGCGAUGAUUUACCUCUUCGUUAUUGGAUAUUCCGCUUCCUGGGGUCCUAUUCCAUGGGUCUACGUAUCCGAAAUCUUCCCCACCCGUCUCCGAUCCUACGGUGUUGGCCUGGCCGCAUCCACCCAAUGGCUCUUCAACUUCGUGAUCACUGAGGUCACACCAAGCGCCGUCAACCACAUCGGGUGGCGGACAUUCCUGAUGUUCGGCAUUUUCUGUUUGGCCAUGGGUGUCUUCACGUUCUUCUUCGUUAAGGAGACCAAGGGACGCAGUCUUGAGGAUAUGGAUAUCCUGUUUGGCACUGUUGAUGCGGAGAAGAGAGCGGAAGAUGUGGAGCGCGUGUUACAGAAGAAACUGGCCGCGCAGGAGGCGAGAAAUUCUUCGGACGAUAAGACUCAUGCGGUAGGCUUGGAGGAUGUAAGCCAGACCGCGGCAAAAUAA